UAAUACGGGGCACUCUUUCUCUUUCAUUUGCUCAAUGAUAUCAUGUAAAAAUAAACCCCUUUUUACAGGUUAGAGCAAAUGAUAUUAAUGAUGCUUUAGAGGAAGGAUAUGACAGCUCAAGGGAUGAAGUUUCCUCUGUUUCCUCAUACAACCCAGUGAAAGAUAAUCUGCACAGAAGCUUUGGAAGUUCACUAUCAUUGCGAUCCUCUUCAGCAAGAUCUUUAAGCAGGGAUCCUUUGGAAGGUUCUCGGAUGAGUUUAUCUUCACAAAUGGCACUUCCUCGACUCUCUGUGGCUGAGGUUUUAUAUGAUUCUGCUUCUGAUGUCUUAUCACCUCAGAAGUCAUUGUCAAUCGUCUCCCCAAGUCACCGACAGAAGUUCAGAAAUCCUUUUUCUGCUGAGGAUGAUGCAGGAGUUUCCUCUUCACCAGAAGCAGCAGCCAAUAACUCUUCAUCAGAAGGCUUCAUUAGAGGAAGGUCAUAUAACAUCAGGCUGGACGACCAAGUUCUGCUUAAAUUUUCCCCAAAAAAUUCUGACUCCACUUAUUAUUUCAGUGAUAUGAUUGGUGGGACUCUAACUUUCUUUCAUGAAGAGAGAGCUAGGAGAUGCCUUGAGGUCUCAAUAACACUAGAAACUUCAGAAACUAUAAAUCGGAGAUUUGUCCACCCUUCUAGAAAGCAUUCGCCAACAAUCACUAAGGUCCAGAGUGACCAUUAUGAAGUUGUUGCGGAUUUGGUGCAAACAAGCUUUCUUUUUUCUAUCCCUAUGGAUGGUCCAAUGUCUUUCUCCACUCCUCGUGUGUCUGUGCAAUGGGUUCUUAGAUUUGAAUUUUAUGCUACUCCAAAGAAUUUGGAUUGGACCAAGUAUGAACAUCCUCUUCUGAUUGAGGGAAGAGAAAAAUGUGAAUGGAUUCUUCCGAUCACAGUGCAUGCACCUCCAGCUAGGACUUCUGGGAUAAGAAGUGAGAAGCCUAUCUCUCUGGAUCCCAUGUGGGUGCAUGGUUAAAGGUAUAAACAAAUGUUUGAUUCACCCUAAACUCUCCCCUAUCAAGUAGCUUGAUUCUGUCACAAAUCACUACACCAAAUUCUGUUUGUCCUAAUCCAAUGUCCCAAUUUUCUUUUAAUGAACCAAACUUAGAAAUGAAAAACAUCAUCCUAGUAUUCCCUCUUUUGAAUAAAGUUACUCAAAAAGCAGUUUAAUCCAUUUACGUUUCUACAGUUUGACAAAAAAUGAAACGCAAUCCAUUAUUUUAGGUUUGUAAGUAUCCCUAAUGCUUCAUGUUCAAGCUUUUCCCUUAAAUGCGGGCUAGUGAACUGAAAACCCUGGAUUGAUCAGUUGUAGAAUACACGAGAAUUUACUGUACCCAGAAGUUGGACCUUUUUUAUUUUUUUAAAAAAUCAGACAGAUCUUGGACAUUUUUCUGUGUACGGUUGGUACUGAAAUUCAGGAUCAUGCCUGAGCACAAAUGUUCUAUUUCUCAUUUGCCUUUUGUAGUUGGAUGACUGUCGUAAUUCCAGUGGUGCCUGAGUACAAGAUUUUGAUUAUGUUAUUAUGCUAUAUUGUACAAAUCGAAAUCAAGAACAUCUCAUUUGCCUUUUGUA